UCCGUUAUACUGAGGUUAGUGGGAGUUGGAAAAUGUUACGACAUUCGUUUUCGUUGCUUUUGAUCGUCUGCCUCGCAGUCGUGCAAAGCUCAGUCAUCGAUAAAAAGCGAGAUGAAGAAUUCAUGCAGGACGUGAAGAAAUGGGCUGGUGUGUUCGAUAGUGCAGUGAAGGAAGGGGAAGAAAUGGCGAAAAGAGGUGUGAUGAUGUCCCAAAGCCAGAAACAGGUCCAUCAUAUCAAUUUACACUUUAACAACCAUCUUCACAACUUCAUGAACAUGCACCAAUCCCAGAGUCAAGUUAUGCACUCGAAUGGGGGACACGCAGUAGCAAGUCAGUCGCAGAGACAGAGUGCUGGAGGUGCUGGUGGAUUUUCCAAGCAAAGCCAAGCGCAACACAUGGCUUCCAGCGGUGGGUCAUUCAGCAGCAGCCAGAGCCAGGUCCAAUCGCACAAAUCGUCAUUUGGCGGUUUCCACAGCAGCCAACAACAACACCAAAGUAUGUCUGCUGGUCACCACGGUUCUUUUGCUUCUUCUCAAUCCCAGGCUCAAUCGAGUUCAUUCCACCAUGGUAGCAUGUCCUCUCAACAAUCCCAAAAACAAUCGAUGUCGGGAAGCCAUCGAGGUGGAUUCGUCGCUUCCCAGUCUCAAAGUCAAGGGAGUGUUUCCCACUUUGGUGGAUCUUCGUCACAUCAGUCGCAAAAUCAAGUGAUUUCGUCGAACCAUGGUGGCAUUUCUUCACACCAGUCUCAACACCAAGUGUCGAACGGAGGAAGCCAGUCCCAAAGUCAAGGACAGGUGAUUACUGGAGGUUACCGCCCACAGCGACCAAAACCACACAAGCCCGGCUACGGAAAACCACACAAGCCCGCAAAGCCUUCCCCCAAAACAAAAAAGUACUACGGCAAGAAGAGCAGCAAGAGCGGGAAGAAAUAUUACAAGAAGAAGAGUAGCAAAAGUGGAAAACGCUACUACAAGAAAAAAGGAAGCAAAAGUGGAAAGCGUUACUACAAGAAAAAAGGCAGCAAAAGUGGAAAACGUUACUAUGGUUAAAAAGGAAACUAUAUCCUUCAUAUCUAACAUGAGAUAUUUAGUUGUUUGAUAAUUCAUUGAAUUUUAUAAUUUUAUACACCAAAGUAAAUAAAAUAUUCAAUCGCUUGCAUUUCAAAA